AUGUCUUCCCUUGAACUAUCUACUCUUUUGGGAGAAAGAAGUGCUCUCAAGCAGACAGCCGACAACAUCGCUGAAAAGUUUGCCAAAAGCCCUGACAGGCCAUUUGCCUCUAUUCAUCCGGCUCUGCAGCCACAACAGACACACUCACCUGUGUCAGCAGGUGUUGACCCAGCUAAUGGCGGGGCUUUGGUUCCAGUCAGUUCGGCCGCUGUCAUUGCGGUGACGCCCACAGGCAACACAGUAGUGGCAAAGGGACGUGAUGCAAUUAAGGAUAACGGCGCGAAUCAAUCCGCUCUGGCCAUCAACACCAACAGUGGGGAGGCCUUGUUCAAAAAUGCAAUGCGAGAAUAUGAGGCUAGUGUCAAGAAGAAGUACAGGACGGGGAUAAACCCGGACGACAAGCACAGCAUGGACCAACUCUGGGCAGUUAUCGACGAAGCUAUCGAUCACUAUGAGACGGAGGCCACGAAAGGCUUCUGGGGCAAGAUCCGUCUAUCAUUUCGGAAGCUUGGAGAAAAUGGCAAGGCCAUCGAGGGAUGGCUUGGGCUACUCCCCUCCGAGUCCGAAUACAUGUCGGUCGUGUGCGGUGGAUUGAAACUCCUGAUCAAAGCUGCAGCUCGAAUGCGCGACGUGGCCGACAAGGUUUUAGAUGGUCUUCAUCAAAUUCCUGCUGUUCUCAACGGAACCCAGCGGGUCCUGAAUAUCUUCAGAGACGACAAAGAACUUCGAGGUUACAGCGAGACGCUGUACUGCGCCCUGCUGGCUGCAUUGGGACACAUGCUCGAAUACCUGAAACGGAAGAGUCUUCGAAAGCUCCUCCCUGCCGUGCUGAAACAGGAGACGUACGAGUCCGGGCUUGUGCAGAAGAUCGGAGCCGUCGAGAAGGCGAGGGACAAUUUCAACCAGCACGCCCAGACCUGCCACAUGGAGGCGAUGAAAAAGCUAGCAGAGGUCAACUGCGAGAACUCCAAUAUGAUCCAAGGGCAACUACAGAAUAUUUCCAACAUCCUAGUCCAAUGCGAGGCGGAGAAGAAGAGGGUAAAUGCCGCGCUUGAGGAUGCCAUCAAGCUGGCAAAUAUGAGCUACAACCAACUUCUAAAGGAAUUCAGAGAAAUCAGGGAGCCAUUGAAAGAGUUGAUGAAGCUGCUCAAGUCCAACCCGGCUGUGGAAGAUCUGGCGGAACGAAUGCGUCAGUAUAUGCCCCGGAGUCCUCCAGAUGCGCAGACAAAUAGACGACUGGACGCUCCAGAAGCACCACCCGGGUAUGGAAUAGUCCGACGUGCAUCCAUGCUUCAGGCGCGCAGCAAAAUUGGUGAGUCCCAGAUCCUUCCUUAUUCAAGUGCCACCACUAUCGCCGUCACAUCCGCUGACAGACCACAUACAGCGGCAGCCAAACGAAAUCGACAAAAGCUUCUGUCUCGAUUGGACUAUGACCCCGACAUAACAGGCGCAGACGUGGUAAGCAAUUACAUCUUGGGCUCCGACCUGUCCAGAGAGGAUGAAGAGCGAAGCCUUUUUGUCAUAAAGUCCCAGUUGUUGGCGGAUUGGGUCGAGGCCGAAGAUUCCGUGGCCUUGCUCGUCAACGGCAACGCCAAGCGCGCCGACCGCAAAUCCGCCCUCAGUUUCGUCUGUGCUCGCCUAGUCUAUGCGUUGGACCAGAUCCGAUCUCCUCCUGCAGGGUCCUCAAAAGUCGAUGCACCGGGCCUCGUCCCCAUUCACUUCUUCUGCGGUAGACAUGAUACGGGUGAUGAAAGCUGGGAAUCACCCGCUGGCAUCGUUAACAGCCUAUUGGCCCAACUGCUCACACAAUGCAAGGAUGUGAGUUUAGCCAGGGCCGCAAAGCUCGGAGACUUCGACAGUGGUGACAUAAAAGAGGUCUUCGCGCGGUUCAAGGCCGUGCUCAACGAGCUUCCGGCCGGGACGACGGUCUUUUGCGUGAUUGACGCCAUCUCCUUUUACAUUGACAAGAACAAGACAGAGGGUGACGCGAAGUGGCUGGUUGUGAAGCUGUUGAGGCUCGCCAGGAGGAGCCCUCCGACAAACGCUGUUUUCAAGCUCCUGCUCACGGCUCCAACUUGGCUACGAAUGCCUGACUUGGACCUGGAAAAGGGGGAGAUUCUGAGCGUCAGGACGCCCCUGCCAAAUACUGGGGGGUUUAGCGCCAUGAAGUGGGAUCUCGGCGUCGGGCGGCGGCUUGAAGAACUCAACGAAAGUGACGAUUGA